CUGCCUCUGAGUCGUGCUGGCUCCAUCCACCCAGCCUGCUAUAAAGGGAACAGUGGCAGGGACACCCAGAACAAGCUCUGAUUCCCAUUUUCAUCCAGGAGGAGAGAAGAGGAUUCCUACACACACACACACACACACAUCUGUGGUUGGUUGAUUGGUGGGUUGUUUCUCCUUCCCCCACCCUCCACAAGGCCCUGGAGGUGAAUGAGCUUGAAAUCUUCCUCUGCCUUCCACUCGGAGCGUAGUUUCCACCAGAGCUUCUCACCCACUCCCGUCCGGGAUCAGCACAUGGAGAAAGCCCGUGGGCUGUUCGGCGACGACUUUGGGAACUUCCUGAGGCCGCGCACCGAGCCCCUGGUGUUCCCAGCCCGGCCAGGCAACAUGGGGAACAUUAAGACCCUGGGGGACACCUACCAGUUUGCCGUGGACGUCAGCGACUUCUCCCCCGAGGACAUCAUUGUCACCACCUCCAACAACCAGAUCGAGGUCCACGCGGAGAAGCUAGCCGCGGAUGGGACCGUCAUGAACACCUUCACCCACAAGUGCCAGCUGCCUGAAGACGUGAACCCCACUUCUGUCACCUCUGCCCUGGGCGUGGAUGGCACCCUCACCGUCAAAGCCAGGCGGCACCCAGCCAAACACACAGAGCAUGUCCAGCAGAUCUUCCGGACUGAAAUCAAAAUCUGAGUGGCUGGCGCUGUGGGGGUGGGGCAGGGUGGGAUAUGGGGAAGCAGCUGGCCUGAGAUGCCCUAGAAAUGACUCUUUAAAGAGCAGCUGGGGCUUCUUUCAAAGCUUCAACAAAAGCAAGGGACAUUGGGCCAAAUUCUGAUCACAGUCACACCAGGAGAGGGGCAAAGUCCUGGUCACACUGAAGUCACUGGGGGCCAGAUCCUGAGCUGCUGUCCAGCAGUCUGACCCCAUUGACGUCAUUUGACUGCAGCAAAGUCCGGGGAGUGAGGCACAUUUCCACCAGCUCAGGAGCUGGCCCCGCGAGUUCUGCCGUUGGCUUCCAAUCGGCCCCUACAUCUGACUCUGAUGAGAGAAUGAUUUAGUCCUGGCACCACUUAGCAGUUUUGCCAUAAACUUCAGUGAGAGCAGAAUUUGGCCCUGGCUCCUCUGGAUUUACACCAGCAUAACUGAGAUCAGGAUCUGGCCCGAUGGGCUUGUGCUGACGCAACUGGGAGGGAAGUUUAGCCCCCAGUGUGUAACCUGGAACCCUUGUCCCAAUGGGACCCAAACUCCUCCCAGGCUAGUAGGUGUAGCAGGUUGUCCCACCCUAGGGAAGUAGGCAGUGAGGUCCUGAGCUGACCGAGGGCCGAGACCUCUGGAGGUUCAAAUAACAAUCGCUGUACGGAGAGAUCCAGGCAGACCAUCCUGUGCUAACAUUUUAUUCAUUUAUAAGACUAAAUUCACUGGGCCUGAUUCUUCUCUGACCCUGGUUUUACACCGCUGUAGCCCCACUGAAUGGAGUUACUCCUGAUCUACACCUAUGUGAGAGGAGACUCGAGCGCACUGACUUCAGCGGAGCUUACCCCAGGGAUGGAUUUGGCCUAAUGAGAAGAACUCGCCAGUUUCAUCCCUCGGACUGAGCUCUACCUGAGAGAGAUGGGAGCAGAAGUGUUUCUGCGCAUAAGGUUUCUCCACCUUUCCCAGGAGACAUCAACUGCUCUGUAAGUGGAAAUCCACUGGGAGGGGUGAUAAGAAGGAAGUCCUGGAGCAGCAGAGCUGUGCAGCAGGGGAUGCAGGUAGAAGGGGAGAAGGAAAUUACAUUAUAUCACCAUCAGGCUCUGUCGCUCCCCUUCCUGUUUGGUUUGUAAGACACAAGAUAAGACCAGCCAACAGUUGAGUCCCUGGCAGAGUUUUAGGCACAGGGUCACCACAUUCAUCUCUGGUGUAAACCAGUGGAACUCCCUUGGGGAUCAGUGUAUUUGGCACUGAAGGUUCUUUCACAGAACUAUUACAAUUCAACUCCACACACGGAGUUUGCACAGGGAGAAAGUCAGAGCUUGUGGAUGAGAGCUAAAUUGCUGGUGGGACUCUUGCUGAACAAAGACCUUGGUCAUUCUUGGGGCAAGAAUGGUGAGGGGGGAAGACCUACUCAAGCAUUUGUAUAACAUAGGUGGGGGGGUCCCCAACUGUACCCUCAGAUCCAAACACUCCUGAACUCUGGCAAUGCUCAAAUCCAAGGCUGAAGUUGGGUUAGUCCAAUCUCUUACACAGAAUUUUACAGACACCAACCAAGCCUCAGUGCAGCCCUGAGAGUUCAGUAAGUAGCACUGUGAUCAGGUGCCAGGCUUUAAGACGCUGUACUUAAGAGGCACAGAGCUAUUUUUCUGACUCACCAGGGCAGCCAGAACAGGUGGGUCUCAUUAGAUACAGUUCAGGACUAUAAAAAGCUCCAAGAAAACUAGAGACAGGAGGGAAUCUGUAGGAACAGCUUAAGAGGGAGUCUGGGUUAUGAUUUAUUUAUAUUUGUAAGUACAAGUGCUGCCUCAGGAAUUGAAGGGCAAAUCCCAGGAGGGUGAGUCUGCCCAGAACCAGUAGUGUGAGUGCUGGGAGAGGAAUCAUUCCUGUUUAUACAGCCGUUAAUCCCGUUCUUCAAGGCACAAGAGUCAGAGCCGGGAACAGAACCUAGGAGCACCAGACAGCAGCCCCAGCAAUGGACUCAGGGUCACCGAAGAAGUCCAACAUGGAGCAUGUGUACAGAGGGCAGAGAAGAGAGAUGGGCAGGGACAGGCACAUGGAAAAGGACACCAUUUGGCAGAGUUUAGGUUUGACAGCUCUAAAUCCAAUUGCAGCCAGGGUCCCACACAAAAGGCCGCGAGGAGCCCAUGGGACCAGCUGAGCCCAGGUGACUCUUCCUCCCAGUGGGCCUGUGUCAAGUGUGAUCCAUACACACACUGAAUAAAGGAAUAGAGCCGAUCACACAUGGGGUGGGGAGGAGGGGGCUGCAUUUCCCAUUGACCUUAUGCUGGAGUUAUUCUGUAUAUAGAUUGGUUUGGUUUGUUAUAAAUGAUUGGUAACUCCUGA